AUGCAAAAGAAAAUAACCUCGGCUUCCGACCCAUCAGCAGCAACCCCAUCAUCAAAGGAGAAAGAUAAAGCACCAGCCCAACCCAGAGGAAUUAUAAAUUGUAUUUCGGGAGGAUAUGCUGGAGGUGGAAAUACAAGCUCGGCCCGAAAAAGAGCCUAUAGGGCCAUGUUGGCAGUAACAGAUGCCCCUAAAGCUCCUCAGCCGAUUCAGGACGUCCCAGAAGUGACUUUCCGUUCAACCGACUUUAAUCGUACAGAUGCUAAUUAUGACGAUCCAGUGGUAAUUUCCGUUCAGUUGGGGGACCUAAUAGUUCGCAAGGUGCUUCUCGAUCCUGGAAGUAGUGCCGAUGUGUUAUUUUUUACCACCUUUGAAAAGAUGAAACUAAGCAGCAACAUUUUGCAACCAUACCAUGGAAACUUGGUCGGAUUUUCAGGGGAGCGAGUCCCUGUUUUGGGUUCCGUGUGGUUACAAACCACACUCGGUGAGCAACCAUUAUUUAAGACACAAGACAUUCAAUAUCUUGUUGUCGACUGCUUUAGUCCGUAUAAUCUUAUCUUAGGUAGACCAUUUUUAAAUAGAUUUGCAGCAAUUAUGUCUACAGUUCACCUUUGUGUUAAGUUUCCUGUACAGGGUAAUACAGUGGCCACCAUAUACGGUGACCUCCAUGAAGCUCGGCAAUGCUAUAACAUAAGCUUGAAGCCCAUCAAAAAGAGUCACAUGGCGCAGGUCAACUCCAUACAACCAGACCAGCCGAGAUUGACAGAAAUAGAUCCACGAGCCGACUUUGAAGAUCGGCCUAUGCCAAAUGAGGACUUAAUGAAGGUCCCCCUAACUGAGGAUCCCAUGAAAUUCACUUUUGUAGUAACGACGAUCAAUACUGAGGAAAAAGACUCCCUCAUACGGUUCUUACGUGAGAAUGCCGACUUAUUUGCUUGGACUCCUGCCGAUAUGCCCGGAAUAGAUCCAUCCGUCAUUAUGCACAAAUUGGCAAUUAAUCCAGAAGCUUGGCCAAUCUCACAAAAGAAAAGAAAUCUCGGCGCCGAGAAACGCCUUGCAUCCCUUGCGGAGGUCAAAAAGCUCAUUACUGCUAACUUCAUCCGAAAAAUCAGGUUCACAACAUGGCUCGCCAACGUUGUUAUGGUAAAAAAUAGUAACGGUAAGUGGCGCAUGUGCGUCGAUUUCACUGACUUAAAUAAGGCACGCCCUAAAGAUGCUUAUCCUUUACCUUGCAUUGACACUUUAGUUGACAAUUCUUGCGGUUAUGGUUCAUUAAGUUUUAUGGACGCAUAUUCUGGCUAUAACCAGAUCCUCAUGCAUCCAUCUGACCAAGAGAAAACUGCCUUCAUAACUGAAUAUGGUAAUUAUUGCUAUAAUGUUAUGCCUUUUGGUUUAAAGAAUGCAUGUGCGACAUAUCAGCGAUUAAUGAAUAAGAUCUUCGAGAACCAAAUAGGUCGGAACAUCGAAGUUUAUGUGGAUGACAUGGUCGCCAAAACCAUGGUCGGCAGCUCUCAUAUCAACGACCUAGCCGAAAUUUUUGGGCAAAUCCGACGAUAUAAUAUGAGACUGAAUCCUGAAAAGUGCGCUUUUGGGGUUCGCGGAGGAAAAUUCCUCGGAUUCAUCCUCACCAGCUGA